AUGGCAGCAGCAACGACAACCAUGGAAGCUGCCGCCUCAGAUACUUUCCUUCCUGCUGUCGAUUAUAUGCAUGGUCUUGCUGGAGUAGACCAACCGACCAAUGUCAUUCUCACACACGUUUCGUGGUCAACUCUUGGUCUAGUUUGUGUUGUAAUAUUAGUCUUGAGAAUUGUGCAGAUGGCCAAUGCUCAUCUAAGACACCUCUUCACCCUCGCUGCAGAUGGAGAGAGGCAACAAUUCUGGGCUCAAAAUAGCGGAAGCUUCUGGCCAAGGGUAAAGAGACACUUGCUAUAUGCGCCUCUGUGGAAAAAUCGUCAUAAUCGGGAAUGGAUGCUCUCAUCAGCGAUCAACAUGGGUACAUUGCCUUCACGCUUCCAUACGCUGCUUUUAGGUGUGUAUUUGCUCAGCAAUGUCGCAUAUUGUCUCAUUCUUGACUACUCUGAGCUGGACAUCUCCGCUGUUCUGGCCGAUCUUCGCGGCCGGAGCGGUGUCCUCGCUGUCAUUAACAUGAUUCCGCUUUUCAUCUUGGCGGGGAGAAACAAUCCUCUGAUUUCUAUGCUGAAGGUCAGCUUUGACACAUACAACCUAUUCCAUCGAUGGCUUGGUCGGCUUGUCGUUAUUGAGAGUGUUGUUCACACGCUAGCAUGGGCAGCAAAUACAAUUCAUGCGCUGGGAUGGUCUGGAAUAGGGGACUGUCUUCGUGGGCAGGCAUUCUAUGGCUGGGGAGCCGUGGGCACGCUCGCCAUGAUCUUUUUAGCGCUCCACUCGCCUUCGCCCAUUCGGCACGCCUUCUAUGAAGUCUUUGUCCACCUGCAUACGGUCCUCGCAUAUUUGGCCUUUGCCGGUGUCUACGUGCAUCUGCAUAUGGCCGGUCUCCCACAAUUUCCCUAUGUAGUGGCCAUCAUCUGCGUCUGGGUGCUCGAUCGUGUCACUCGCUACGGUUGCAUGCUUUGGAACAAUUUUUCCCGAAAGGACCGAACUGCGGUGACUGUUGAGGCGCUCCCUGGUGAAGCAUGCCGGGUCACCUUUGAUCUUCCUCGACGAUGCGACGUCCGUCCUGGAACACACGUUUACGUCUAUCUCCCCCGGAUCUCGCUCUGGAUGUCCCACCCAUUUUCGGUCGCAUGGGCAGAACACCAUCUCAGCGCCCGUCCCACCACCGAUAAAGACGACGAAAAGGGCCCUCAGCUCCCUGUCACUGAAGCAAGUCUAGACCGUCCGCGUCACCUCCGCACCUCCAUCUCCCUAGUUGUCUCCAAGCGCACCGGAAUGACCGCGAAACUGUACGAGCGCGCAGCCGCAUCGCCUCUGGGCCAAAUCCACAUUGCAGGAUUUAUUGACGGUCCUUACGGCGGUCACGAAUCACUCCAUAGCUACGGCACCGUCGUCAUGUUUGCCGGUGGUGUCGGCAUCACACACCAAGUGCCUCACGUCCGAGACCUGCUGCGAGGUUACGAGGAGGGUACCGUGGCAGCGCGCAAGCUCGUGCUUGUCUGGUCUGUCCGACACACUGAACACCUCGAAUGGGUACGACCCUGGAUGGAUCAGAUUCUCUCAAUGCCUGGUCGCCGCGAAGUGCUCAAGGUAUUGCUCUUCGUCACGAAGCCCCGCAGUCCACGAGAAGUUAUUUCCCCUUCUGCCACUGUUCAGAUGUACCCUGGUCGUGCCAACCCCCAAGUCAUUGUUGACAAGGAAAUUAUCGAUCGCGUGGGUGCCAUGGCUGUAACUGUCUGCGGGCCUGGAAGCUUUGCCGAUGGUGUACGAAAUGCCGUGCGUCGACGUGUUGAUGUUGGUUCGAUUGAUUUCUUUGAAGAGAGUUUUACAUGGUAAAAUAACGUCAUGUCAUCUCUGGAUUAGCGAGUGUUAUUCUUUUUUUAUUAUUACUAUUCCCCUCUUUCCCCAAUUUUUCUUUAGGUUGACGGUUUUUAAUGUGCUACUUGUGCUUUGCUUGCGUUUCUCGGCCUUGUUUUGCUUCCCAGGAUCCAACUUCCAAUACAUUUGCGUGCAUAUAGUCAAGUUGAGUCAGCUUCGAAUCUUCUUCUGGCAGAAAUCAUGGGAGGCGUAGCGGUUCUUCAGUCUCACUCAUUUUCUUUCUCUGCUUUUCGCUUCCUUUUCUCUUAUACCUCUUUAGUCUUCUACUCUUCCUAUUUCCUUUGCCUUCGAAUGGCUUCGCCUAUUUUCCUUUCCUGCAACCUCCCAAACUACUUAUGUGCUUCGGCAGGAAGCAAAAGCAAGAGCAAGAAUGAUGCAUGGCAUAGCACCGGCGUUGCAAUUUUUCCAAUAAACAAUACCUAUUUCAAUUCAAUCUGUUCUGUAAGCAGCU